AUGGGUAAUUCACUUGGUUCGGCGACAAACGGUCCAGUUAUAAGCGUUGAGGAUGCAAGAGCUCACAUUUCUGACGAGGAGUACAAGAGACUUCACGCUGCUUUCGCGGGUUUCAAGAAGCCAUUUAUAAAUUUUGAUGAGUUCUGCUACCACGUUCUCGGAGGAGCACCCAUUCCAGAGGACAAGCAGAGGGAAUUGUUCAAGUUUUGCUCGAGAAAUGCGGACACUUUGUCGUUUGAAAAUCUUCUAACAGCUCUUGUUGGCCUUUGUCGCGUAGAACAUGUUCAGGAGCAUUUCAUUGAAGAAUGCAAAGAGUUUGCUUCAUGGGGGUUGAGACCUCCAUUGCUCACAAUACCUAUGAGCGACUCGUACAUAUCAUUCUAUGAAGUGAUGUCCUAUGUCACACACUUGUCUGUGGAAGAGGUUAUGGAGUUAGAGAAGGUCUUCGCCACCAUAAGUGAUCGAUCCGUUUGUAAACUCUCAAAGGACCGAUGGGAUGCUGCACUAUGUGACUGUUUCCCUGAGAAAUUUUCUAAUCAGUUAUUCCGCGUUUUUGACGAGAAUAGAGACAAUCAGAUCGAUUUCCGUGAAUUGGUAUGUGGUCUCUCAGCAAUGUGUCGUGGACCGUUUCCGAGUCGACUUUCUUUUUUGGCGAAAUUAUGGGAUGAAGACUGCGAUGGCAAGCUUUCUGAUGUCGAACUAGAGCAAAUGUACGAGGACUUACAUGUGCCUUCCAAAGACCGAACUGUUGUGAAAAGUGCAGGGGACAAGGCUGCCACAGUCGACUUUGCUACAUGGGCGAACGAAAACGAACACGCGAAAGAGUACUAUGCAAUGGCAAUGGAAAUCGGUCACAUUUGUCUUGGUUUACGCCCAGAAUCACAUAUCGUAGGAUUAGCACUUGUGAACUCUUUUGAACAACGCUCAAAGGAUCUACCUCUACCUGAGUGGAAUAUCGUAUCCUCUAUUUGGCAUGCUGAGUGGGCGAAAGCUGCGACAGAGGGAAAGACACCUCCACCUGUCGAUAAUUCCUCUAUCAAAGGCACAAAAGCGGACGACGGUUGGAGUGGAAAGGUGGCUUGCUUAUCGUUGGAAUCUGCGAAUCUUCGCGCAGAUCUAACUGCGAAAGACUAUAUUGCCGUGCCAUCUGCGCUUUGGCGAGCAUGGCUUCGCUGGCAUGGGAGUGCACAGUCGGUUGAUGGUCAAUUCACUCGUAAAAGACUUGCUGGUGAAUUCUUCCCCGAUGGAAAAGAGGCGCUGGAACUAUAUCCCAUGGAUAUUCUUUUAUUGGGACAUGAUAAGAAGAAGUUGAAAGAUGUCGAUGGCAUACAACAAACAUCUCCAUGGGCAUGUGCUCAGGUCUCUCGAAGUUGUACUGUAGACGAGCUUUUGCAACUGUGUAGGAGCGAACUAAGACUCGGAGAUGGAGAUGCAAGAUUAUGGCUGGUUGGAGAUGAUGGAAAUACGCUCCUAGACGACGGAAAAAGGACACUCCACCAUUUGACAGUGAAAGGGAAGCGUGUGAAUAAGUUCCUGCUUGAACUAAGAGAUGCAAAUGGUGUUUGGCCGGAGGAGUUACGUGCGUCAUUGACAGGAACACAAAUAUCGUCAUUGGCGUGCACCACAGGUCGACCAGGCGCUGUGGGUCUCGUAAAUUCUGGAAAUUUCUGCUACCGAAAUGCAGCAAUACAAUGUCUCGCAAGGGUCUCACCUCUCACAGAAUACUUAUUGAAUGAAGCGAGCUUAAGUGCUUUGAAAAAAGGAGAUACAAACAACAAUGAGUCAUUUGCCACGACUCUGGAAUACUCAAAACUGCUAAAAGAGAUGUGGGCAGCGAAGAAGAAGAAUAUUUCUCCGAACAGUUUCAAUGAGGCCGUACGCUUUGCUGACCAAUUCGACGAUGGUGAGCAACACGACUGUCAGGAGUUUGUGUCAUUUCUCAUCGAACGCUUUCACACUUGUGUGGCUCGUAUCGAACAUCAAAAUUCGGUAGGAGACAGUGAGAGUACUGAAGAAACAGGAGAAAGUGAGGCAACGACUAGUGAUAACGAUGACAGCAGCUGCGACGAGGCUGCAACAGAUGAAGAGAAGGCAGAAAAGUCCUGGGAGCGGUACAUUCGAGAUAAUCAGUCGCUGGUAACGUCACUUUUCUCAGGUCAACUACGGUCACGUUUAAUUUGCCGUAAAUGCAAGUCGUCAUCCUCAGUGUUUGAAGUUUUUACGUCUCUCAGUCUUCCGAUUGGUUUCGAAAAUGUGGAGCUGUAUCAAAUCAUUGUCGUUCGCCGCGACGGAAGUGUUCCACGUAGGUACGGAUUCCGGUUACCAAGAGAUUGCACAGUAAGCACGUUCAAAGGUCUGGUAGCAGAGGCUACUGGAGUGAACCGGAACGCGCUUACGAUACAGUGUCUCAAUAAGAGAGGAUACUCCAUGGUAAGGACUCCCAGUGAAAGAAAUCCGAAUCCUAUAAAUACCGAAGAUGACGCGCCGUUAAGUUCCGUGCCAUCAGGAGGUCGCCUUUAUGCGUUACACCUGCCGGAGGACACUCCUGAAUGGCGUGUGGCAAUACAUCGAAAAUUACAAUACAAUCAUGAACCGUACUUCCUUGGCGCCGCAAGUGGUUUCGUUGUCACGCAGUUUGGCCUACCGCUAAUCGUCCCAUGCCCACCGAAUAUAACUGGAAAGGAAUUGUACGAAGAUGUGAUGAGCCAGAUGCGUAGAUUUAUGGAUGUUUCGUCACCAGCGAUAUCGAGUCGAGCACAUGACCCGUCCGAAGACAUAUCAUUUGGCUAUCCCUUCUCGUUGUGCCUGGUCGAUGAAUCCUGGGGAUGGUGCGGUCAAUGUCCAGCUCUGCGUUUCUGUAGAGGCUGUGCUAUCAGGCCGGAUUCGUCACCGGCCAGUAUACCUGAAAACUGUGGAAUAGCUGUUGACUGGCUGCCCAUUGCUUUGUAUCUCAAGUAUAAUCAUUCGCAAGAAUUGGCUUGUGAAGAUGACGAAUCAGUCGCCGAGACGUGGUCACGACAUUUUGCUCCGUCUUCUCUGGAGCAUUGUCUCGAAAAGUUCAGCUGUCCAGAAACUUUAGAUGCUUUGAUACACUGUGAUACGUGCAAUGAGAAGACGAAAAGAGACAAAGUGAUGACUAUAUGGAGGCUGCCACGGUAUUUGAUAAUUCACUUGAAGCGAUUCGAAUUUCUGAGAUCUGAAGGACGUAUGGGCAAAUGCAAGCGGGUUAUCACAUUCCCACUACGACAUUUUGAUCCUGCACCAUUUGUUGAUGGAAACGGCGAGAAAAGCAAAUACGAAUGUAUAGCUAUCGCUAAUCAUUACGGCCAGCUGUCCUCGGGACAUUUUGUGGCAUACGCUCGUGGUAAUGACGAAAAAUGGCUAUUGCUUAAUGACUGCUCUGUAAGGGAAGUCACUGAAGAAGAGGUGGACCGGGCAGGCGCUUAUCUCUUGUUCUUUGAAAGAAAAGACUGA